GAGAUACCACCCCCAAGUCCACCGACAGGGGAAGCCAUGCGGCCCCAUGAGCCCGAGACCGGUGGAGCCGUCCCGGACGAGCCGGCAGCGGUAGACGCUACUUCCCAUCCCAAUCCACGUCCGCUCCCGUGGGCCACCACCGCGCUCAGUCCGGUGACCCUCAGGUUCGAGGAGGUGGCGUACAAAGUGAAGCUUGGUCAACCAAUGUGGUGGUCCAGCUGCCAUGGCAGCGCCGCCGCCGCCGCCGAGAAGGUCAUACUGAACGGCAUCACCGGCAUGGUCCCCCCGGGGGAGAUACUCGCCAUGCUGGGCCCCUCCGGCAGCGGCAAGACCACACUCCUCACCGCCCUCGGCGGCAGGUUGGUCACCGGCAAGCUCUCCGGCACGAUCACUUACAAUGGCCAGCCCUUCUCCGGUGCGAUGAAGCGGCGGACCGGGUUCGUGGCCCAGGACGACGUGCUCUACCCGCACCUCACCGUCCACGAGACGCUCGUCUUCACGGCGCUGCUCCGGCUGCCGCGGUCGCUGAGCCGGGCGGAGAAGAUGCGGCAUGCGGAGAAGGUGAUGGAAGAGCUGGGGCUGGUUCGGGUGGCUCACACCAUGAUCGGCGGCCGCCUGGUGAGGGGAGUCUCCGGGGGCGAGCGCAAGCGGGUGAGCAUCGCCCAGGAGCUGCUGGUGAACCCCAGCCUACUGCUCUUGGACGAGCCCACAUCGGGGCUGGACUCCACGACGGCCGCGCGGAUCGUGACCAUGCUGCGGAGGCUGGCAGCCGAGGGCGGGCGCACCGUCGUCACCACCAUCCACCAGCCGUCCAAUCGGCUCUACCGCAUGUUCGACAAGGUGGUGCUGCUGUCGGAGGGCAGUCCCAUAUACUACGGCCCCGCCUCCGAUGCCCUCGACUACUUCUCUUCUAUCGGGUUCUCAUCGCCGCUGUACGUCAACCCGGCAGAGCUCAUGCUCGAUCUGGCCAAUGGGAUUGCACCAGAUUCCUUCAAGGAAAACUCGGCGGGGGAACCCAAUGGAAGCGCAGAGCGGGAGAGGAAGUCAUCGGUAAUUAGGAAGGAGCUCCGGUCCGCCUACGGCAGGAAUAUCGCCACCCGGUUGAAGGCCGACCUCUGCCGCAUGGAUUCAAGCAGCCAUUCUCAUGCCAAAGAUGCGUCGAACACCCAGAUCCCGCAUGCCAUGUGGAUAUAUAUAUAUAUACAUGGUACAGGAAGAAGGGAGGAUUGGUGCACAAGCUGGUUGGAGCAGUUCCUGGUGCUGCUAAGGAGGGGGAUCAAGGAGCGGAGAUACGAAUCUUUCAACAAGCUCCGGAUAUUCCAGGUCAUAAGCGUCGCCACUCUUGGGGGUCUGCUCUGGUGGCACACCUCGCCAUCCCAUAUCCAGGAUCAGGUCGCGCUUCUCUUCUUCUUCUCUGUCUUCUGGGGCUUCUUCCCUCUGUACAACGCCGUGUUCACGUUCCCUCAGGAGCGCUCCAUGCUCAUCAAGGAGCGAUCCUCCGGCAUGUACCGCCUCUCCUCCUACUUCCUUGCCCGAACCGCCGGCGACCUCCCCAUGGAGCUGGCCCUCCCCACCGCCUUCGUCGUCAUCAUCUACUGGAUGGGCGGCCUCCAGCCCGGCGCCUCCAGCUUCCUACUCUCCCUCCUCGUCGUCCUCUUCAGUGUUCUCGUCUCCCAGAGCCUCGGCCUGGCCUUCGGCGCCAUCCUCAUGGACGUCAAGCAGGCCACCACCCUCGCCUCCGUCACCACCCUCGUCUUCCUCAUCGCCGGGGGAUACUACGUGCAGCACAUCCCCUCCUUCAUCGUCUGGCUCAAGUACCUAAGCUUCAGCUUCUACUGCUACAAGCUCCUCCUCGGCGUUCAAUUCCGCGACGAUGAUGUCUACGAGUGUUCCCCUGGCGUGCUGUGCAGGGUGGUGGACUUCCCGGCGAUCAAGUCGGUAGGUCUGCACCACAUGUGGAUUGAUGUGUGCAUCAUGGCUCUCAUGCUCAUCGCCUACCGCCUCAUCGCCUACUUGGCAUUGCACCGCUUGCAGCCAAGGUAGAUAGAGAAGAAGGAGAAGCUACCAUGGUCAUCAUUAUAUAGUCACCACUACUGAAUCCUGAUACAGAACAGAGCCCAAGCUGAUCAAGGAAUAACUCUACUCCUGGAUUCCAUGUAAUCUGGAACGAUGGCAUGCAUGCUUCGAUGUCUUCAUUUGGGAUUUGCGAACUGCAUGCAAGUCGUUGCCUGUGUCAAAAUCGGGUAUAGAUUAAAUUUAGGAUAUAGGAAUCUCCAAUUAGAACAGGUUGUUCAAAAGGUUCCUCUGUUCUUCGGUGAAAAUAUUCUGCUUAUUAUACACGCUGCUGUAUGCGGCAUUGUCAUGUACACGCUAUGCUAUAUUUUAAAUAGCAACGAGUGCCAAUCCAUUCUGACAUA